AGAUAAUCAUUGGGAAGCAAAUCGACUUGUAGUAGUGCAUGAACUUGAAGACACAAGUCCACGAACCCCGAUAGACUACGAACCCCUGUGAUAUUAAACAAGUAUCUCGUCCCAAGCACAUCAAAUUUCUUGUUUUUUGCCCGCAAUUUUUUUGAAUGCAGGGUCUAGGACCGCAAACGCAAAGUGGCUACUUGUAGUACUUACUUCCUCGGACAUCCGCAUAAAUUUUCCCAACCACUAGAUGCUUUCCUGUUGUAAGAGCAUUAGCAGACCGCGUUGAGGUCGGGCAAAGUACGAGUAAAAGAUAAGCUUCGCGGUGGUUGCCUGUAUUUGUUGCGAGUACAGUAACAGUACGCGGCCCGUGACGGCGAUCAUAGAAGGUCGGUACUAGGCCGUGGUGGACUACUUUUCCAGUAACGCACCAAAAGAUCCGACACCAUGACGUCGACUUCUUCCGCGCACUUCGUCUACCCCAAGUCCGGCGAGAACCCGUGGCAACGAGUGCUCUCCGGCGAUUCCGCCCGCGCCUGGCGCCGGUCGCUGCAGUCCACCGAUGUCCGCUUCUAUUCGCAGUCCAAGGGGCGGCUUUUCGACAGCCACGACCCCCGGGAAGCCGUACGGCUGAUGCGGGAAAAGGAAGUGUCCAAGGAACCCCGCCACACCUGCAUUCGUCCGCCGUUGGAGUUUGACGCGUCGGAAUUUUUCGUAAAAGAUGGUACUAGUACAACAACACCAAAAAAACCGAUGACUGCGGACGGCAGCCUGAUGAGCACGACGACGACCCCAGUUGUAGCAAAGCAAGAGCAGGAGCUUCCGACGUUGCUCCGGUCCGCCAGCAGCCCAAACCACGGGCACAACCUGAGCACCAGUACUACCAACAGUACGAAAAAAGUCGCGUUUACUGGCACCGGCGAGACGCCACCCACCACCGCACCGGCGAAGACGAGCUCUUCUCAAUCGCCUGCAGCUGCUUCCUCCCGCGGGAGAGGACAUCAAACUGCGCAUACCAAAGCAGACAAUGGAUCUUCAAAUACCGGCAAAUAUUCCACUAUGUCCACCACCCUGAUGGGGAAAGACUUCAUGGCCGCACCCUGCAACAAGAAGAAAAUCGUCUCCAAGCCGUUUUUCGAUCCGGGCGCGACGCAGCGGCUCGACCCGGACGAUACCUGCCUGUACGAGACCGCACCGGAAGACAGAGCGUGGUCGGCAGAUGUGGAACACAGGUGGAACCGCCCGAACUUAACCAACUUCUGGACACACCAGACGCAAUGCAGGAUCGAGUACUUUUUAUUUGCGUGGAUUCUUUUUGGUCUAUGACUAUGUUAUAAGAUAAUGUACAAGCUUGCGGUUUAGGAUUUUAUUCCGCAUGACAGAUAAAUUUUUAAUUUUGAUUUGCGGUUUGUAAGCUGCUCAGCAACUACAGCAAUAUAUCAAAAACUUAAAAACCCUAAACUAAUCGAAACAGGUACCACAACAGCGACGUCCCCGACUUUACUAAGGCGAUUCAAAUCGACGACGCCGGGGACAUGCGGAUCAACGGGAAGUUGGCGCGGUUGAAGGUGCCGCAGUACAGGCAGAAUAUGCUGUACAAGGACUACUACUUGAAGCAGCUCUACAAAAAGGACAAGCGGAAUUCCUCCAUGGACACCAAACAGUCGCUCGACAAGACACACCACUACCACUGGAGCGACGCCGACAAGUCGUUUACGAGCGGUACUACACGCAUUUUUAUACGUAGUGAUGUUCAUUUCAGCUCAUACGCACUACAAUCUAAAUUGAAAUUAUUGUUCGCAAUUUCUUCAAUGUUAUAUGCUGUUUUUUGUGGAGCUAAGGCUGGCCCGCGCUCAAUCUACAUACCAAAAAAAAAACAUAGACGAAAUUUUCGAGCCGAAUACGAGCGUCAAAGCGCUGCGCUUGACCGAUCUCACCACCGAUUUCGCGCACCACGGCUUCCCGCGGUCGGACUGGAGUGUGCCGGGGCGGAUGCAGGCCUUCCACCAGCAGCGAAAAAUCAUUCCGGAGGCCAACGACGCAAGGGCGAGGCGGCGGGCCGAGCUCGCGGCAAUGAAGCAGCAGAGACUGGCGAACACACAAGUGUACGGCGACAACCGGGGAGACGCCUGGCACCCGGGAAAAUUGUACCUGCGGGGGCAGGGAGUACAGUAAUAUAGGGGUUCAUGAUUUAUUUGGGUGCUAGUAGGUACAGCUAGUUCUUUUUUGUAUUCAUAAAUUAGUACUUUUUUCAGUGUGAAAUAACACCCUAGUACCAUCGUUAUAGUUGCAAUGCCACAAAAUUAAUACCUUCGUCUCUACUAAAGUAGAAGUGCUUUACUUCUACCCCGAGGAAUUGUCGUCCCCCGGUUUAUUUCCGAGAUCCCUAAAAGUACUAAAUCGUUUGUUAUUGCUUGUAUCCCACGACCCCAAGACUAGCUACGCUGAAAAUUUGUUUUUGUUUUUUUGACCAUUUGAGGUAAUUUCUUGAAGUAGUCACUCUGUACUCUUCGAUUUUUUUUGACCAUGCAUGCUUUAUCCAUUCAAAUUCAAAAUAAAGGGAGCAACAGCAGGCAAUGGCCGUAGAUUUUCUUCUUCCCUGCGCCAGCGCUGGCUUUUCCUGUUUCCAUCUCUAAACUUGAUCUUCAUCACACCCCAGUCUCCAUAGGAAUGUAUACUUCUUUGCAAAGAAAGUGGUACAUGCAGAACAAAACAUAAAAUAACAACAACUGUAUACCAUUUUGUUUCAGGAUAAGAGUCAGGAUGUCCAUGUACAAGAAAACUCCCUGUUGGAGCAAAAAUUUUAAUCGAGAGCGAAC